ACUUUAACGGAAUUUAACGAGGGACCUGCGGUUGGUUAAAUAGCAAUUCCGGCUUCGCAAUUAUUUUAUCGGCUCUUCUUUAUGGGUGUAAUAUCAUAAAACCGGCGCGUCCACAAGAUCUUAUUAAUUUAAAUUUUGUAUCGGAUUCCUAACCCAAGCCCGUCAGGAGACCAGUGGACUUCACACGAGCGCUUUACGGUUUAUGGUUAGGCUAACUGUCAUGUAAAGUGCUGGUUGCUGAUCACAACUGUCCGCGUGCACAUCAGAUCUACAACCGCACACUGUUGAGAAAAUUGAUUUCAUGUAACUGUUAUCGCAGUGGAAAUAAGUAGGACUGACUCGGAAUUAACUGCAAACGUAAUAUCUGGCCGCAAUAACGUUAUUUCUAACCCGAGAAAUUCGGACGCAUGCACAUGUAACUAGAAAUGAUCUGAGCGGAGAUUUCAAAUAUGUAAGCAUGGUACUUCAUUUAUCGCCUGAGGGAAAGAAAAUCCAGAGAAAUAUCGAUUGUUGAUUCUAAAAGCAGAAAACUUCCUUAGGGACAGCAUGGAACUUCUAUGGAUUGCCCUUUUCAUUUUUGAUAUUAUACUGUUGACAGACAGUGCUCGGGGCCCUCCUCGGGUGUCUGAAAAGAUCACCCAUAGGCAGACUGUCCGAAUUGGACGCACCAUGAAGCUCCAGUGUCCAGUGGAGGGGGAUCCUCCACCCCUCAUUAUGUGGACAAAAGAUGGACGUAACAUCCACAGUGGCUGGAUGCGUUUCCGUGUUCUUCAGCAAGCCCUGCGAAUCAAGGAGGUGGAGGCAGAGGAUGCUGGGACAUUCAUCUGUAAAGCCACCAAUGGCUUUGGCAGUGUCAAUAUCAACUACACUCUCAUCGUCAUUGAUGAUUCCAGCUCAGGGAGAAACAGUGGAGGAACAACCGGAGACACAGAGUACUCCACUGACCUUUCUGGAAAACUAGUGCGUCCUCGGUUCACGCAGCCUGCCAAGAUGAGGAAGCGCGUGAUAGCUCGACCAGUGGGCAGCUCAGUGCGGCUCAAGUGCACGGCCAGUGGAAACCCAAGGCCUGACAUCGUUUGGCUGAAAGACAGCCGGCCCCUAGCACCAGAGGAGGUGGGCGAAGGAAGGAAGAAGAAGUGGACCCUCAGCCUGAAGAACCUGACUCCUGAGCACAGCGGCAAAUACACUUGUCAUGUGUCCAACCGUGCCGGGGAGAUCAAUGCCACGUACAAGGUGGAAGUGAUCCAGCGCACAAAUUCCAAGCCCAUCCUGACCGGCACUCAUCCAGUGAAUACCACUGUGGACUACGGUGGGACCACAUCCUUCCAGUGUAAGGUGCGUAGUGAUGUGAAACCCGUCAUUCAGUGGCUGAAGAGAGUGGAACCCGGCGACGAGAACAAAUUCAACUCGACCAUCGAGGUGGGUGACUAUCGCUUUGUGGUGCUACCUACGGGAGAGGUGUGGUCCCGGCCAGAUGGCUCUUACCUGAACAAGCUGCUUAUCACUCGGGCCAAAGAGGAGGACGCCGGCAUGUACAUCUGCCUGGGUGCCAACACCAUGGGCUACAGCUUCCGCAGUGCCUUCCUUACCGUGCUGCCAGAUCCCAAACCGCACUUCUCUCCAGUCCCUGCCGUUUCUUCACCCGGUCUACUUUGGCCUGUCAUCAUUGGCUUACCGGCUGUUGUGGUCUUUAUCCUGGGCACCGUUCUCCUGUGGUUCUGCCAGUCGGAGAAGCACUGCUCCUCGGGGGCUAUCGUCAAUGCUCAGGCCCUGCCCAACGGCCACCGCCAGCCCCCCCGGGACCGGGCCCUGCCAGGCGGGGAUAAAGACUGCAUGGGAUCUGCCGCUUAUGAGGAGUACCUGGCCCAGCAGCAACAGCAACAACAGCAGCAGCAGCAGCAGCAGCAGCAACAGCAACAGCUUCUGCUCACCCAGGGAGCCCCCAAAGUCUACCCAAAAAUCUACACAGACAUCCACACACACACACACUCACAUGUAGAUGGCAAAGUGCACCAGCACCAGCACAUUCAUUACCAGUGUUAGCCUCCACACUUCCUUUCAGUGGCCACCAAGGUCUCUACAGUCUCCACGUGGUGUCUGCUUUCCCCGGCGAUUUCACAUACCCCAGUUUCUCCUCACAGUGCCUGCGUCUGAGGUACUUCAACCCAAAAAUGACAGUCUUUGAGCCAAAAUGGCAACCACUGCAUCAGAGAGGCAGUUUUUGAGUUGUUUCUCACAAAUGCAACUGUCCUUUGUGAACAUAAUGGCGGUGUCCUCUGUGAGGUAGAAGGGACAUGGACAAA